CGUUUAUGUCUUCUAAUAUCUUUUCAUCUUCAAAAUAGUCAAGAAUGAAGAUGUUAUGACAUUUUGUGAAAGAGAAAGUUUGUUGGAGUGGGCAAGUCACUUGUUCAAUGAAGACUUGAUCCAGACCAAUGGACAUAUGCUUGAUACAAGUACAGAUGGUCUCAAUGUAUCAAGAUCUUCCAGUGUGACGGCGUUACUUAAAAGUAAGCAUGGAUUAUCAAAAAGUUUUGAAAAGACCCAAGCCCAUGUCACACCACUUUUGUUUGGUACAUCGAGUUUUUCUGGAAAAAAUGCCAAUGUACUUGACCAACAACCAUAUAGAGGUUACCAAGGUAAUAGCUCACGCAUCUCUACCCGUUCUGGAGACGAGUCAUCAAGUGUUGUGACAGAAGAUCUCCUUGAUAGAUCUAUUUAUGAAGAUGUCAACAUGGCAGGCGAAUUAAACAGAACUUUGAAUUCUCACGACGAAACAGCAUUGGAAAUUAUAAGCAGAACUCUUCAUCUCGAUGAGUUGGAUGACACCAAAACAUUUUCAAAGGACACAAGUUUUCUUUUACCAUAUGCAAAUAAGAAUGAAAGCCAGACACGAAAUAAUACUGUACGAUUUAUGGACAUUAGUACUGUAUCAGAUAGCAACUCCUGUAGUUCGUUUGUCGGCAUGGACUCUGUAUCACAGCUACUCAGGUCCACGCCCAUGCAAAGUUCAAACUCGUUUGUUAGAAGCUCUUCUCCAAAUAAUAAAACUGUCAGGAGGAGAAAAGCUGUCAAUAAUAUCACUAUCAAUAAUAAUACUAAUAGCUUCAAAAAAGAUAGAAAGGGAGGUGAUUUUUCAGGUAGGAGUUUGUAUCACUCCCAUCCACAAGAGCUAUCAAAUGGACGAAAUCUUUCUUCCUUGAAACAUAAUGUUGAUAGUGAAUCUAAGAAACGACCUACUUCAUCAACAAAUUCUCGUCACGAAAAACAGCGAAAACCAAAAUCAACUUUGCUGAGUCCAGAAUUUCAUAAACUAAAGAAUUUCUUUACCUUGGAAGAAAGCGAUGAUUAUGAUGACAUAUUAACCAAUCAGAAUCAUGUGCAACUCAUUUCAGGACCAACCAUUUCCAGGCAUUCAAUGCAAAAAGGUAAAAUAGCUCCAUCUGCUUCGCUUAAUUUUGAGAAUAGAUUUUAUUCCCCGAGACAAAAACACAAAACCUUUCAUAACAAAAGUACUCAAGUUUACGAUAAGCACGAUAAAGAAGAUCUUGUAAGUAAAAGCGAUUCGAUUCAGUCUGACAGGGAAAUAUUAUCUUUUAAAAACACAAGGGCGGAGGACCUCCCUAAUCGCGCAGACUAUGAAGAGAUUGAUGAAGUAUUGAAAAGGUUAGAGUUAGGACGUCUUGAAGUGGACAGACUAAAAUCUGUAAAUAGUUCAACAAGGAGAAGUUUAUUUAAUACAGAUUCUAUGUUCAGCCAACAUGCAAGCAAAUACUCUGACAAAAACACACAGGAGGAGAGUAAAAUGAAAGAAUCCAAAGAGGAGAGUAACAAUAGUAGGAAAAACAGUUUAGAAAACGACUCAUUCCGUAAAAGUGACGUUGGGGAAAUUAAUAAGAAAUUUCAUCCGAUUAUAGAAAAUAGGGACACCCAGCCAUUGUUGAGCACUUCAAACAAAAUAUCUCGUUUGGAAGCGACUAAUAUCGAUAAUGAUAAUAUAUCGAGUAGUGAUGACGAAAACUGUGAUAGACGGAGUAUAACGACACAACAUACCGAUAUGUCGGAUAUUGAAUCUGUUAAAAUUUUAUUUCAAUUUUUACUUAAUUACGAGGCUGCAAAGAAUCGUCUUGAAAACGAUUUAGAUUCUGAAAACUCAUUCGCAAUCUCACAAGAUACUGAUCAAACUUUACAUAACGUCAAACGGUUGUUAUUUAACGAAUUACCACUAAAUGGAAAAACGAAAUUAGACAGUUUACUUCAUGAUCCAUCCCAUCUAUCCGUAUAUACUGACUAUCUCGAAUCGCUACCUCGAAAUUCUACAAAACAAUUUUCUGAAGAUCCGCACCAACAUUACGAUGAGUUACAAUAUUUAAAUUCGCAGCACCAACCUAAUACCCAGGAUGAAUUCACUGACGCAGUUGGUUUACCAUCAGGUAAUGAACGACAGAUGGAAAGAUUAAAAAAGAUGUUGUUCAGUUUGCAAAGCAUUAAUGACACGUCAGAGUCACGUGACUUAGACUAUGUUGAUCAAGUUAUGGAAACACGACAUAAAAAUUUGCAAGCAGACCCACCUACUGUAGCAGAUUCAACUUUGUUACGGGCUUUUUCACAUCUGGAUAAUUUAAAAGAAUUGUUAAAAGAAAGAAAAGAGAUGACGAGUAUAAAUCAACUUUCCGGUUCAGAUGUACUCACCAGGUCAGAUAAACUAUCCAGGUCAGACGAACUCUCCGGGUCAGAUGAGAUUUGAGAUAUUCCUUAUGGCAUAAUGGUAACUUCCAAUAACUUAGUUUGAAUUUUAUAUCUAAAAUAGAACCUUAAUAAUCUUGAAUUUCUAGUUUAUUUUAUCAGGAAUGGUGAUCAGAUCUGAAAAAUUCAAUACGUUCCAUAUAUUAUAAUGAUUCUAAACGUUAAAAUCAAAAGCAACGUUGUAUUACUAAAUUGUCUCACUUCAUUUAUAUGUACUUAUAUAGAACAAGGCUUUACGUUCUUUCACCAUAUGUAAACAACGAAUCAUGAGUAGUCCCAAAAAGAAGGUGAACAGUAUUGAAUAUUUUUACUCAUUUACUAAUAAUUAUUUAACCGGGAUAAUUGUAACCCUUCUUGCUAUUGCCCAAUCCACAAUCCCAUUUUGUGACUCAGUCUUCAAUCUCACCCAUGGCGCUAUAAGCUAGAGUUCAUAACUUAAAAGCUCAGGUUAAAAUUUCUGCAAUUACGUGUUCUAGAGAGGCAAUUAAUAAUUUACAAUUUGAGGCAAGUUUAUUUUGUAAUUAGUUCCCACAUCUUCUUGUUUUUGAAUGUUCAGUGUGUCUUUCAGUUGUUGAUUCAUCAUUUUUAACCAAGUUUUUUUCGGUCUUCCUUUUGUUUUGUUGUAAGGUUGCAUCGCGUAUGUCAUAGCUUGUUGUAGUAGUGCAUUUUUUCGCAUUCUAGACACUUUUCCGAAUUUCUUUAAUCUUCUCUUGGCGAUGUUGUUAGACCAUUUUGUAAUGUGUUUUUAGCAAUAGAUAAUUACUUCAAAUAAUUAUAACUUAUAACCAACGAUCUCUAAACACUGUUCGUACAAUUUUUCGUGCGAAUUUCGAAGGAUUGGUAGUUAUAAACAAAAUGAUUUAAACUUAAAAUUUGAAAGUAAAUAAUUAUCUGUCGAAACUACGGAGGAAGCGAAAUUACCACAUAGCGAUUAUUCGUGCAAACUCUGGGGGUUUGAACUUAAAUCAUGAUUGAAUAGAAAAUAAAAAUAAUCAUGUUUUUAAAGAAAACAUUUUUUAUAACAAACAAUUUUCACAAACAAUAUAUACAUUGUCAUAUGUUCAUACAUAAAAAAAGUUUACUUAUGAAGCAUGAAUCUGUCCUUGUCCGCCUUUGAAAAAAAAGCAUACGAACAACCAAGUGGGCAGAUACCAAACUCGGUUUGCUUCCUAAACUUUUCAUUACGAUUCAAAUGACUAACUCGCAUCAUCUCGAUCAAUGUUUUGUAGUGUCCAUGAUGUACUGUGUAGGUUUUGGUGUUGGGCAACUGCCGUUAAAUUCACGUAUUUUAUUUAAAAAAGCGUUGCGAUGUGGCAUUGUUGAACAAUGUGUGCAUGUUACAUCUUGACACCUAACGAAUUCCAGCUGGUAUAACUUCCUAUUAGCGUGGUGUACUAAAAACGUAUACAGAUCCCGGAGCUCUUGAAAUACAACUGUUUCGUUUAUUUUCUUUUUAGAGGCAUUUAAAAAAUCUUUUAAAAGUGAAUGGGUUUCUUUGAUUGGUUUUACAAUAGGAUCAUCGCUUGUAAAUGUGUUGACACAUAUUGAAAAUCCAUCAUAAACUUUUUUAUGCCAAAAUGUUUUGUGGCGUUGUCAAGCACGUCCAUCCAACCAUCAUCGUCAUUGUACGCCGGUAUAACUCCAUUAAUGUGGUCUGGCAAUGUAACACCUAUUAUUUUUUGUGUUAGAAACAGCCAACAUCGUUCAAUUGGGUUAAACCGUGAAUGUUGUGGUGCAUAACACUGUACAAUCAAUGUGUCUAACUAGGCUGUUCAGGCUAUUUUUAACAACAUCGUUGUUUGCUUAGCUUAUAUGUUAACGUAAAAGAGCUAUUAUUGCGCUUUCCAACGAGGGGUCACUCACCCUUCUAACAUUUUUCGUUCCAAAGUUAUGAAGAUUUGAAGAUACCUAAUUGGAGUAAAAAAUUAGACAAAUUCCUGCGCAUUCCUCCAUAUAAACACUGGCAAUAUUUUCGGCCCCAAUAGGCGUUUUUUGGUGCUCUGAAAAAGGUCAAAAUGAUGGUAUGAUGCAGAUCAGCAUAGUUCGCUAAAAAAUUAUCGAGUUAAGCUAAAAUUUGGUAUAAAUACAGAGAAAGAUAAGUACUAUAUGAUUAGGUCGUAUAUUUUACCAAAUGCUAUUGCGCAUGCGCAAAAUUACAUUACCAAAUAUGGUCAUAAAUUUUAGGAAUAUAACAGGAAAUCGUCAAUAAAACACACGCAAAUGCAUAACUAGGCUACUUAAAAUACCACUUAGUUUAAAAAUAAAUUAUGAGGUAUCACGUGAUCCUUCAAGAAGUACAUUUUACGGAGCAGAUUCUUUGUAAUUUCCAGACCAGGCGCAAAAUAUGUCCAAAAUAGCAAAAACGAUCAUAUAAAAAAUGCGAAUAUUAUUAAAGAGACAUAAUAGUAUGAUCACUACUUAUCAAAAUAAAUUAUAUAUAUAAAGUACCAUGUUAAAACUCGAAAUGUAUAUUUUACAGACCAGAUUUAGUGUAAUUUACAUACUUGACAAAAAAAGACCAAAAUCGUGAAAAAUCAUUGACUACGUGUGUAAAUAUGAAUAAUUAGGAUGGUUUUUAGGUCUCUCAGUUAAGGAAAAUACAAUUAUGAGGUAUCAUGUGAUCCUUUAAUAAAUACAUUUUACAGACCACAUUUUUUGUAAUUUACAGACCUAAAAUAUAACCAAAACAGUAAAAACUUCUCAAGGAAAUGUGGGAGCAGAAAAAAAUCAGAAUAGAAUAACUAUUUUUUUUAAAAAAAAGUGGGAGUGUCAUGAGAUAUUCUGAAAGUAUAUUCUAUAGACCAGAUUCUUUGUUAAUUCCAGACCAGAUGCGAAAUAUGCUCAAAAAAAGCAAAAACAAUCAAACAAAAAGUGCAAAUAAAUAGGCAUGAUAGUAUGACCAAUACUUAUCUAAAUAAAUUAUAUGAAGUAUCAUGUUAAAUCUCAAAAUGUAUAUUUUACAGACCAGAUUUAAUAUAAUUUACAGACUUGACAAAAAGACCAAAAUUGUGAAAAAUCAUUGACUACAUGUGCAAAUAUAAAUAAUUUAGUUAAUAAAUAAUAUUACUGCAACUUGGAAAAAAAUUAUUGUGUGCUCAGUUAUCAGAAUCACAUUUUACAGACUAGAUUUAUUAUGAUUCACAGAAGUAAGAAGUGAAGACCAAAAUGGUGAAAACUCAUCAAAUACAUAUGAAUAAUGGGAUAAAAUAUAUUGUGCUGUUUCGUUAUAUCUCCAAUUUACAGACCAGACCCCAACAUAAGUGAAAAAGCAACCACAACCUAUGAAAAUUAAAACAAAAAUGUUUAUUACUGCAUAAUCAAAAAAAAUGUUUUUCCUACCACUAAAAAACAGCAACAUUGAAAGAACUCUUAACAUGCAGGGCUCAUAACAAUCACCACUACUAAAUGACUUGAAAAUACUGGAAAUAAUCUAUCACUAAAUAAAUCGUAACUAAAUAACAAAAAGAUCUCCUUUUUCCAAAUCUAUAAGCAAGGGGAAAGACCAAAUAUUAUCAGGCUCGUUAUCAUAACGAAUUUCAUAUUCAGUUUUCUUUAAAACACUGGUAAGUUUACUAAUUUUAACAACAUCUUCUCUACACCAAAAAACUUCCUCGCUGUCCUCUUCAGAAACACGGUGCUGAAUUGUUCUACCCACUAAUAGCUCUGGAUUUUCAAUAAAAUUUGGUAAUAGGUUCUCCCUCUGUUGUUUUGUUAAUCUUCCCAUACGAUCAUUUUGUAUUUUUUCCAUUAGCUUCUUCUUUUUAUUGCGAACAGCUUCCUCUCGAUCUUCUUGAUUCUUUAGCUUACUCCGGAUAUCUUUUUGUACUGGGACCAGUUUAUCUUGCAUAAUUGUUUUCAGAUUUUCAAACAACUCAUGCCAACCCUUGUUUACUCUUUUUUUUUCAACCAUUUUUGUUUUUGUAAAUAACUUUAAUGGACACUUAACUUGUAAUACAUAGCGGUAAAAAUCUAGUUGGGUAUUCCAAAUUUUUUCCUUUAAAUCGUCACUAAAACUUUGUAAUUCAUUGGCAGCAUCCUCAACAGAUAACCAUGCUUUAACUUUCAGGCUUUGUAAUGCGUUAAUAAUUCCUAUUUUUUUCAUGUUGAGCUUAGCUUCAGCAUCUCUUUUCUUAUUCUGUUUAUCAACCAGUUUGUUGUGUUUCUUUUCAAUAAGGGCUUUCUUUCUCUCAUCAUAUUUCAAUUUCAUUUUCGUGAAAUUUUCUCGAGCAUUGUUAAGUAGCUUAUCUCGUUCAUCAAUUGACAAAUUGUCAAGCCAACCAGAUGUUUGAUUCCGAGACCACAUGGUGAGAGCUUGCAUUGCUUGGAUACUAGCACUUGGUUUUGUUUUAACAAGCAAAUCAAGAAUGGCAAAAUCACUUUCAGAAGCUUUAUUGGUAGUGGGUACAUUGUUUGCAGCUGAGACAAUAUGUGGCGAGGGAUUCCAAUACUGGCCACCAUGAAGUUGGUCCACACAUUGCCUUUCUAAAAUAAUCAACACAGCAUGUAAUAUAACUUCUAGUGAUUGUUGGGUCAGUGUGUCAAAUUCCUCAUUUGUAUCUUCAAACAAUUUGUGCCAAACUUCAUCUUUAUGAUGUACAACAUCUGCUUCAUUGAAAAUUGUUCUACCAUUAAAGAUAGCUGAUGCAUCUUUACACAAACUUGACAGAUUUACUUUUAAUCGCAACAGAAACGGAUUUAACUCCAAAAUAUUUUUGCUGCUUUCAACUAAACGCCACAGAAGACCAGUUACUAACUUGUCUAAAAUACCCAUAGCUCGAGUUUCAGUCAAAAACAAUGUGUUUGAAAUAUCUUCUUUUACUGCUUUCAAAAGAUUAUUUGGUUCAGGCCAAUUAUUAAGAAAGCAUUUUAUAUCAUCUGCAUGAAAAUACAGAGCAGCAGCAUUAUAGAAAAGAAUGUUAAACCUGUUACCAAUGAAUGGAACUAAGUAUGAUUUAACUUCCCUACCAGCCAAAAAUGAAUUAAAAUAUGACGCAACUCAAGCUUCAUCACUACCUCUAACCUGAAAUGCUUUACAUGCAGUACGAACCAAUCUGACAGCACAUGCUUCACUGGUAUUAAAAGCAAACACUGUCAUCAGUCAACAACAAAUUUUCAAAUGAUUUUAAAACUUUAUCUGUUUCUGUUGCAAAGUUUGCUAUGACAUGCAAUUUACAAUAAAAGUUUGACAUAUCACCAAUUUCUUUUUUUUGUGUUUCACUCAUUUCAUCCCAAUUUUCGAUAGAUUUUGGCAAGAGCUCUUCUCUCAAAAUUUUUAACUGACAGUUGAAUAAAGGAUUCACUGGCCCAAGAUCAGACAUAGUAGUUUUGAUGGAAGUUACAAGGUUAGCAAAAUCUUUUUCCUUGUCCUUAGUUAAAAUCGCAUCGCACAAAUCAUCAACUGUUUCACUGAAACAUUGCAGCGUAGAUGCAGCAUCACCACCACUUAUUUCUGCUAAACCGAAAGAUAAUGUUCUGCCACUUGCAGUUGUUAUUUGGAAAUUUUGGUAAUGUUUGUGGUACUUCGAAGUUCCGUCACCAUGCAAACAAUUAUUCCCAGCAGGAUCAGCGAGCAUUUCAUUUACGACUUGAGAUUGUGCAAUAAUUAAUGCCUCUUGGAGCAAUCUGCUUUUUACACCAUUUGAUGGUAACCGAUUAAUUUUCUUUUUGGCUGGCUUUGUAAUAACCGUUUUGAUAACACUGUUUACUUUUGACAUGCUAACAUUUAAUGUUAGUAAAUCCAUAAUUACUUCACGCAGUUCAUUUGUAUAUUUGCCAUAGUGAAACGUAACUACUUCUUCAUCUUCGACUAGAUUUAUUAAUGCUUGUAGUUCUAAAUUUUCUUUUAACAAAGAGUCAAUUUUAUUCUCCAAAUCUUCAAUCUCUUUUUCACACUGAUUGUUACAUACAACGCUAUUGGAUUUGCUUAUUUUAUUCUUUAGAUACAAUAUUUUCUUCUGGCACGAAACUUUUUCAGCUUUUAAUGGAUAUACAAUAUUUUCACCUACAUUACUAAGCUUUUCUUCUAAUUUCUCACUUUUUUAUUUAAUCUUUCUAUAACUUUAUGUAAAUUUAUAUUUUCAACCUCAGUCUUCUUUAAAUCACUUCUUAACUCAAUUAACUCUUGUCCCUGCACUUUUAGUUUAUUAUCUCUAUAGGCAAUUUUCUUACUCAAACGUCUUAUUUUAGCAUGCGAUACACCAUGUUUUCGGACUUCGUCUUCAGCUUUUUUUAAUGCAUCACUUUGCUUUUCAAACUUUUGCUUUAACAAUUGUAAUUCUUUCGCUGCUAAGUUCAAAUCAUUUUUAUUUUUCUGAACAAUACUCUUUGUUUCUAUGUCUAACGUUUUCAUACCAUUAAGUGCCUCUAAAUAUUGUUGUUCUACCAAUUCCAACUGUUCCUCUUGUCGAUGUGUCACUUCCAUUUUUCGUUUUAAAUUUUUAUUCUUUUUUUUGAUGACACUAAGCUCCAAUACAAGACUCUUUUCCUUUUCUGUUUUUGUUGAAUUUAAUGACCUGUCUAAACUGUCUUCCCUUUUUGGUAUUACAAACUCUUGUGCAAAAACACCUUCAACGUCCUUUUUUUUCUUUGCUUUUCUUAACAGUUUAAUUCUUUGAAUUAACCUUGUAAUUUUAUUAUACAAAGCAACUCGACUGCAAUUACUAACAUCAAUUUUAAACUUCUGUGAGAAUGAUUCACAAACUUCAACAAUGCUUAAUUGAUUUAACUUCGUAUACCAUUCAUAUAUUUCACUAUUAGUUAUUUUUAUGGCAACCAUUAUAACUUACUUGAUCAUCUAACACUAAUAAUUACACUGAAAUAAAAUAAAAGCACUUUGCAUAACAGAGUAAGGAAAAACUUUAAUAUGAAUUGUUACUGUAUAAAUAAACGAUACCUGCAUAUCGUAACCAUAUAUUUAGGCCAUGGUGGCCAGACACAAGUCUGUAUCAUACUGAACUUUGCUAGUGUUAGCUAGCUAGCAUUAAAUGUGCGUGCUUUUCUGGCUAGGAUUUUUCUUCCUUCAAAACACAAUGUAAGAAAGGAUAAAAAGUUGUAUUAGAGCAAGUCAUAACAACCUAGCUAGCUAGCUAGACUGUAUUUAACAUAAUUUUACAAUGCUUAAUUUUGAGUGUAAAAUUAUAUCUGAGCAGUAACUUCUUAACUGUUGGCUAAAAUUGUACUUGGCACAUGGUUUAGCUUUUAUUAACUAACUAACUAACUAACCAACUAAAUAACUAUAACUAACUAGCUUUCAAACUUUAUUUAGUAUAUUCCAGAAAUGGAGACAAAAAGUGGCGCCCACAAAAAAAAAAAAAAAAAGGAUAAAGAAAAAAAACUUUGUUUUCUUUGCUAAAACAUUGCGUUGUUGCAAAAACUCUUAUACAAACUUACAAAAGUGUCAUUGAAGAGUGUUUCCCUGAGUGAAAAUCAAAAAAUAGUUAAAAUCUAGUACUUUUUCUCAAAAUAUGAAGUUUUUAUGUACCUGAUUUUUUUACUUCCUCAAACAGAAACCGGGAUUUUCAUCUUUGUUUACCUCAGAAAAUCAUCUACCUUUGCAUAGGUACCCAACAUAAACCGGCCUAAAUUGGUUUAGUGCAAGAAAAGUGCCCAAAUGCUAAGGUGCCCAUACGCUCACCUUUAAAAAUUUUGAAGUUCUCAAUUUCCGCCGCGCCGAGAUUUUUUUUGACGGCAAGAAUUGUCACGUGACUGAACAGCCUAGUCUAACAUCAAAUUCUUCCACAACAUUCCGAGCAAAAGAAAGUUAAUUAUCCCUUUAACUGACCAGUCUGCAAUCAUAACAACGUUAGCUAUAUCUUUGACAACCUUCUCAUCGUUGAUUAAUUGUAUUAAAUGAUUCGCAUGCAUAACAUUAGUACUUUCCACCAAUCGAGAUGGAUAUAGUUGGACCAAUAAAUGUCCGGAACGUGGCCAUUUCACCUUAACACGAUUUACUUUAUCUCUAGAAAAAGUACGGUUCUUUAAUGCGCGGGGAAGCUCGGAACCUUCAAAAAACGAUCUUUUUCUAACACUGGUUUUUUUAUUUGGUGGUGAUAACGAUCUACUUCUGGUUGUCUUUUCCUUGAGUAUCAAGUAACCAGCCGGAACUAGUUUUCAAUUAGGAUGGGGGAAAUCAUGGUCAUUGUAAUUUGGUCCCUCUUCUUCAAUAUACAUCUGUCUAAUAGCGCAACGUCUGCUAGUUGCAGGAAUUCCUACUUCAACUUUGUUUUUAUUGUCAACGGAAAGAGCCAAUGUAUUUUCGUCAUGAAUUACGGCCAAUCCGUUCACCAAGUUCACCUGGCAACAGGUAUAUUGAAAAUCAGGAUGAGUUUUCUUCUCGCUGCUAUUGCGCUUUGGAGGCACAGAAGCAUUGAUAAGGGGUUUGUAGCGGCUACUCGCAAUAGUCUUUUGAC